ACCUCUCGCAACUCGUAACCCGCACAUUCUCAACGGAACCCAUCCUACGAUCCACGUAUCGGCCCCCCGGAAAUAAAACACUUCCGACACGCACACACACACACACACACACACACACAAUCACAAAAACAAACACAAUGCCUACACCUUCCGCAUCCGCGCCGACGAAUGAGUCCUCGCUCGUCCCGCCAAACCCGACGCCAACCACACAUUCGCGUCGCGGGUCGAUACCCAAGUCGAUCCCCGGCUGGGUCGACGACAAUGGCGGCAGCUACGAGGACCGGCUGAGGAACGACAUGAGCCUUGUCGCCGAGGCGGCAAAGCGCGCCAGCGUUGCUAUCGUGGUCAGGGACUUGAAGGAUUGUCGGGUGUAAUCCGCGGACGGGAGACGGGAAGCAUAUAUGGAUGGAGGAGGAGGAGGACACAGGGCUGUUUGUUUGGCGAUUCGAUUGAAGGGUGGGCGUUUUUUUAUUUGCAUGCUGUUUGUUACUGCGAUUGACUUUUGGAUCUUGGAUCUUUGCGCUGCGAAUAUUUGGUUUUACUUUUCUACUCUAUCUUUUUUUCUUUCCUUUCUCUUUCUUCUGGGAGCAUAGACGGUGGGGAUCAAUGGGGUUCUUUCAUUUGUUGUUUUUCUGAUUCUCCUUUU